UCUUCAAGUGUUUGUGUUGGGAAUGUUCCAAACUUCCAAUCAUCCUUUGACCAUUACAACAUCUCCUAAGGACACGUUUGUCUCCUUAAACGACCUCGUUUUCUUCUUCACCUCCUUGCCUCCUCCUCCACGCCCUGCCGCAGUUCAGAGAAGCCAUUGAUGAAAUCCAUUUCUAAGGCCAAAUCCUCCCCAUGUUGUCGCCUUCAAUCUAAAGGACUAGGAGAUAGGUAGACAAAGAAAUCUUCGGUUAGCUAUGGAUCAUAUACAGUCAAGGGAAAGUGAUUUAGAGAUAGAUCUAGAGAGUGGGGGAACAACUAGUGAGGAAGAUGGCAGCAAUAACCGUUAUCUGACUGAGGAAGCUUCUAAUAAAGAGUUGUAUAAAGCGGUGAGUGGGUUUUGUGGAGUUCAAUCGUCACAUGGAUUUGCCAGGAAGCAAGACGGUUCAAAUACUUAUAAGAAGGUGUUAAGUGCUGAUGAGCUUUCCAUUAGGUGUACAGAAAUUUGGUCGAACAAAGUCUCAGAGGAGAUGGAAAAUACGAGGGACAAUAAAAUGGAUAUUGAGAGGACAAGGAAGCCAAAGCCUCCUAAACCACCUAGACCCCCAAAGGGUCCAUCACUAAAUGCUGCUGACAUUAAGUUCGUCAAGGAAAUAUCUGAGAUUGCUAUAUGGAAGCGUAGAAGGACUGAAAGAAUUAAGGCAUUGAAGAAAAUUAAAAAGGAGAGCGCAUCACCUUCGAAGAUGAAUAUAUUAGCAACUGUGAUCACUGUUCUGUUCUUCUUGAUUAUUAUAUUUCAAGGUACUCUCGUAUCCUGGGGCAUGCGAAAUUUUGAUGCAUCGGCAUUAUUGAGAUUAGGCAUUAACAAGGUGACUGAAUUGUGCUUAAUGAAGCAUGGCGUAGCACUCAGUCAAAUUUUUGAAAUGCCAUUUUAUAAUGUCUGUUCAAAGAUUUUCCUAAUACGUAGCUGAACUUUCUUAGGUAUGUGAAUGUCACAGUUUGUAGUAAUUAUAGCUUUCUGGAAAUACUAUUUGACUGUAUAUGCACAAAUGAGUGUGAAGUAAAAUUAUUGCCUCAUUUGGAGCUAAAACAUUGAUCAUUAUAUGUUAAAAAACUGAGUAAACUUCAUCUGGUUUAGGAAAACUACUAUUUGCUCUUUGGUGGAAAUACAGCUGUGUUUUAUAUAACAACGGAAGAAAAUACCAUAACACGGAAGAACAAAAUCCUAAGCACAUAAGCUAAUUUCUAUAAAUAUAGGGAGAAAACUCAGUGUAUUAGAGGAGUUACGAUGAACUUAGCUUAGCAUUGAUAGGGGGAGAAUCAAAAUACUCUUGCACUCAUGGCUUCAAAUCAUACAAUCUUGUCUUUAUGUUAUUGUUCCACUUUUUGAUUGUUCUCAAUGAAGUAAAUCAUGAUAAUGUUUUCUUAAU